GGUUUACAAAAUGGUGAGAAAAUGAGCAAAAAUGAUUUUUAACCUUGGUGUUCUAGUUCUUAUCUAUAUACCAACCCAAACCCUUCUACUCAGAAUAGAAUCCUGCAGGGAUGAGUUGGGACUGGAGAAUGGAGAACUCAAAGAUUCAGCAUUCUCUGCUAGUUCCAGCUAUGAUCCUACUAAUGUAGGACCUAAAAAUGCCAGGUUGCGGAGUGAUGUACAGGGAGGAGCCUGGUGUCCCAGGGAACCUGUAACUAGAGAGAAAAAUGAUCAAUAUCUACAGGUUGAUCUUCCUGAGAACUACGUGAUCUCCGAGGUUCUGACUCAGGGUAGGUUCGCAAAUGGCCAAGGACAGGAGUAUACCCAGGCGUACAGGAUACACUACUGGAGAGAUGGGAUGCAACAGUUUAAAGAGUAUCGAGAUAAUAUUGGCAAAACGGUAUUGGAUGGAAACAAGGAUACAUAUACAGUUGCUAGAAACCUGCUUAAUCCUCCUAUUAUUGGAUCCAAGAUCAGAGUCCUACCCUUCAGCAACCAUUCCAGGACGGUUUGUCUCCGACUCGGGUUGAGAGGAUGCAAAUUUAAAGAAGGUGUGGUUUCCUACAAUAUCCCCCAGGGUAUGGUUCGAGGAUCUACCCUAGAGCUCCUGGAUAUAACCUAUGAUGGAACUGAGGACUAUGUGACCGGAAACCUGAGAGGAGGGUUGGGUCAGCUCACGGACGGGAAGUAUGGUUCCAACAACUUCAAGGCUACCGGAGAAAACGGAAUGGUCAAAGGGUAUGAGUGGGUGGGUUGGAAGAAUAGAAGCAUGAGUCCGCUCCAGAUGGAUUUUACGUUUGACAGAGUUCGAACCUUCUCCAGGAUGGAUAUUCACGUGAAUAAUCAUUAUUCCCGGGAUAUUCAGAUAUUCUCAAGAGCCAAGAUCUAUUUCUCAAAUGAGGAAGGAAAGUUUGGAGAUGACAGAGCUGUGGAUUUUUUCUACGACUCCGGGGGCACCUCGGAAGAGGCGAGGAACGUGACGAUAGACCUGGGGAGGGAGCACGGGAAGUUUAUCAUGAUGCAUCUCUACUUCUCAUCCAAGUGGAUUCUCAUCAGUGAAAUAACUUUUAGCUCAGAUAUAUACGAGGAGAAACCUUUCCGGAUUGAAGGAGAGACAGAUAUACACACUACUCCUCAGUACUUGAACCCUGUCAGUGUAAACCUAGCGGAGGAGUCAAGUUUUAUCAACUCCGAGUCCUCAGGUCCAGAGGAGCAGGAUACAAACUUUGCAGGACCAAUUAUAGGUGUUCUUGUAACCCUGAUAUCCAUCCUGAUCGCAGGGAUAUUCUUCGUUGUGUAUAGGGGCAGGCAGGGGAAGGAGACACCUUCUCAUAUUCUCCUGGCAACAAAGAUACAAGAUAAGCUUGAUUUCAAGGAUAUGACAUCAAGCUAUACUCCGUACAAAGCCAAGAUGAGAGUAUACGGACAUAUAUCUGUAAAUGAACAGGACGGAAACCUGUAUUCGAACCCAAUACACUCUGCACCCUACUCUGUUAGUUUCCCAUCUCUUCAUAAGAAAUGCAGCAGUGAUACGGUUUUAUCCGAGGAUUAUACAGAUGACUAUGCUGAACCUCAGCUCAACCUAAACCAAUUAAACUCAGCCUCGUUGUCGGAUAAUAUUUAUUCUCAGGCUCAUCCUCCUACACACAAGUUAUCCCAACCCCAGAUUAAUCAUUACUCUAAACCUAUAUCUCCGGUUUCUCCGGGAAACCAGAUAUUUAGUUCUCCAGACAGUCAACCUUUCCUGACGUAUACGCCUCCCAAACGAUUUUCUCCGCCCCAAAGACACUCUCCGCCGAAAACUUUGAACCUACAACAUAUAUACAGUUCACGACGAGGUGUUGGCGGAGUAAAAAAUAGAUCUGCUUCCCAUCUAGAGAUGUAUUCUCCGACAGGUCCUAUGAGAGAAGGAACAAUCUCUCCGUCUCAAUCCUCCCUGAGCUCGGUUGACAGGAUUUACUCCAGGCCCCGGCAGGAUCUACCGCUCUAUUCCAAGGUUCAGAAAACUUCUCCGGAAAAUUUCCGGUUUUCUGGUUCCAAACUAUCCAGCCUCAGUCUAGAGCAAAAGUUCCAAGAUGGAAGGAAAAUGAGCCUGGGGACGGAUCCAAGGAAACAGAACCAGCUCCAGCUUGAAACUAAACGUUCCAAUCAGCUUCAGGAUCUCAACAAAAACCUGACCCAAGUGCCUCUCUCCCAACCCAACCUUAUUCUCAGAUCUCAACUCAAACUUUUGGAAAGGAUUGGACGAGGACAAUUUGGUGAGGUUCAUCUCUGUCAUCUGAUCUCCGGAGUGAAUACGGUUGGAUCAACCCUAGUUGCUGUUAAAUCCCUGGAGACCAACUCUUCUAGCGUAAUCAGGGGAAGUUUCAAAACGGAAUCCCAGAUCCUGUCUACAAUAAAUGAUCCAAACAUUGCCAGAGUGGUCGGAGCAAACUUUGACUCCGAUCCUAACUUUAUGGCGUGUGAGUUCUCUGAUAUGGGAGAUCUGAACCAGUAUCUUCAGGAUCAUGUUGCAGAGACAAGUUUGAGUUGUAGCUCAGGUGUUUCAACUCUCAGGUUUGGGUCCUUGAUAUACAUGGCAACCCAGAUAUCAUCAGGGAUGAAAUUUUUAGAAUCCAUCAACUUUAUUCAUAGAGAUCUAGCAACAAGAAACUGUUUGGUGUAUCCGAGAUACAAUAUAAAGAUCUCCGACUGUGGAUCUGUUAGAAGUGUUUAUAACAGUGAUUACUACACUAGUCUAGAGGGAGGAAGACUACCUAUCCGUUGGAUGGCCUGGGAAUCUGUCGUCUUGGCAAAAUAUACAACAAAGAGCGAUGUUUGGUCUUUUGGUGUCACGUUCUGGGAGAUCCUCACCUUCGCCAGGGAGCAACCCUUCGAGGAGCUCGGAGAUGAGAAGGUUCUGGAGAAUAUAUCGGCAUUGUAUGACAAGAAGAAGAUGCCGCAUUCACUCUCCCGUCCUUACAAUUGUCCCAGGGAUAUAUUUGAUCUUAUAUCGGAGUGCUGGGCUAAAGUAGAGACGGAGAGACCGAGUUUCAGGGAGAUUCAUUUGUUUCUUCAAAGAAAAAAUCUGGGUUUUAGUCCCGAAGACGAAUAGGGGAUGAGAAGAUGGACGAAAGAAACUAAAUAAUCCCGAUCGAGCUUAAACAUUAAGAUAAAAAAGUCGAGAAUUGUGAAACAUAAUUAUUUAGUCAAACAUUGCAUUCAACCAAAGAAAUGUUUUAAAUUGUUUGUUAAUAUUGUAGAACUAAUUUUACCAGGCAAAAAUCAAGUUUCUGUGCUUUAAUCAAUAACAGCUGACGCAAAAUCUUGAUUUUUUAUAUCUGCAUUUUUAUACAUAUCUAUCCAUCUAUCUACUAGCUAUCUAUCCAUCUAUC